GGCGGAGCAUCCCAGCGCUGGCCCGGGAAGCGGGAGGAUGCUGGCGGCCGCGGCCCUUUGCGCUGCCGCGCUGGGCUGGGCUGCGGGGACGCGGCUGCGGAGCGGACAGACAGUGUGCCGGGGUGGGACACAGCAGCCCUGCUACAAAGUGGUUUAUUUUCACGAUGCCUCACGCAGGACCAGCUAUGAAGAAGCACACCUUGCCUGCAGAGCUGAUGGGGGGCACCUGGUCAGCAUUGAAACAGCAGCAGAGCAAAGACUGAUUGAAAAAUUCAUCCAGAGUCUCCUGGCUUCUGAUGGAGAUUUUUGGAUAGGGCUUAGGAGGAAAGUGGAGGAGGCAGAGAACAGUACGGAGUGUCAGAACCUCUACUCCUGGUCAGAUGGCAGCUCAUCCAAAUUCCGGAACUGGUAUGUAGAUGAGCCAUCCUGUGGGAGUGAAAUCUGUGUUGUGAUGUACCACCAGCCAUCUGCUCCACCAGGUGUCGGAGGUCCUUACAUGUUUCAAUGGAAUGACGACAGAUGCAACAUGAAAAAUAACUUCAUUUGCAAAUAUUCUCUUGAGAAGCCAACGAGUGGUCCAAGAGACAACUCUCAGAGAGAUGUUGCAGCAGAGCCCUUGAACCCAGUAUUCCCAGAGGAACGCCGGAGGGAAGAUGGAAAUGUCACAGCUGUGGAAGCCCAGGAACCUGUCCAGAGUCUUGCCUACAUCCUUAUUCCCAGUAUUCCUGUGCUGAUUCUCCUGAUGGUCCUUGCUGCCAUCUUCUGUUUUUGGCUUUUUGUGAAGAAGAGACAGGAGCACAGAGAUGCAAGCCCAAAGGAGGAAGAUGCAUGGCUGUCAAACCUCAGGAGGAACAGCCCAAAUCUGGAUAUUUACAAAGUAAUCAAGAAGCAAUCAGAAGCAGAUCUGGCUGGAACCAGACCUGACACGAAGAAUUCUUCCUUCCGUGGUGCCCAGGAAGAUAAAGUGCUGGGCAGCCCCUCCAGGGAUUCUGAUGAUGUGGCCAUGAAUCUCUCAACCAGUGGCUUUGUGACACUGGCCAGUACUGAAAGUGGCUUUGUCACCAAUGACAUCUAUGAGCUGUGUGGAGAUCAUGUGGGGAGGAGCAAGGAAUCAGCCUGGGUGGAGAAUGAGAUUUAUGGAUAUUAAGGCAACGGACCAAAAAAGCCUGGAAUAUGGAUGCCAAAGCAGUGGCAGACUGGCCUUGCCCUCAGGGUGGUCUUAACUACUGAGUGCCUCAGUGCCAUGUGAAAACAGAAAUACCAGCACCUCACAGGCUGCCAGGGAUGCCUGGAAUCUGCAAAUGAAGGACUGGAGUGAUUCUGAGACUACAAGAAUGAGGCCUUGUAAUAGACAAAUUCGAUAUUUUCCUGUCCAGCAGAUCUAUGCAGCAAGUUUGAAGCAUGCCUAGACCAAAGAAUUGCAUCUAACAAUAUAUUUAAUUAAAAAUAUGGUUUCGUUGAGCAGCUCUGGUGCCUGACCUGUGUAUAGCAAGUAAUCUUUUGUACUUACUCUGUCAGAUCAUG